AUGGCCGUCACUCUGCCUAGUGAGAUCCUCUUUAUGGUCCUGGACAACCUAGGAGACGAGGGGGAUCAUAAUAGUCUAUACCAAUGCGCUCUUGCAUCGAGACACUUUACGGAGCAUGCGUUGGCUGUUUUAUAUCGGAUCUAUGACGCCUCACCCUUAAGAGGCGGAGGGACCGAGGACGAGCAGUUGAGAACCCAGGCUCGAAGGCCCAUGUUUGCGCCAGCGAGUUUCAGGGAGGAUCAAAAUCCCACAUUGAGGAAAUGGAUUACCCUGUGGCGAUCUAUCGUCCUCUCUACGCUGGAUUUGACUUAUCUGCCUUAUUACAGCUAUAUCCGAUAUUUGGAUCUAGAUGAUCUAGGGAAUCUACUCGGUUCUGGGUCCACCGUCAAAGACGAACUCUACACGCCGGAGCUUCUGGAGUUCGUAUCUCAGGAGUAUGUUUCAGAGGGGAACAAGCGGCGUCGUUCGCCAAGGACGUUGCCAGAAAACGAAUGGAUCAAGGUGAAGCUUGGGUCCGCCAUUGUCAAGAAGAACGCCUUGAUACGAGGCAUGUCUUGCGACGUUCAACCCACGAUAUUAAACGAAUGGGUUGAGGGGUCUCCCCAAUUACAAAGCCUGACUGUGUGGUCUGGAUCUGCACUUUCCCAGCGUGCAGGCGACAAGAUCCGCGAUCACUGUCCUGAGUUCAAGCAGCUCAGGAUUUAUAUAUGGCAAAAUAAACCGCCAGGGAAUGCAGAGGCAGAGGCAGAAGAUCUUUUCAAUGCACUCCGGCCCAACUCCCUAGAGUACUUCGAAGUACUCAGCUUCUCCCAUCUAGGUCCCCGGUCCAUAAAAGCAUUGGGAACCCAGAAGGACUCUUUGACUGAGUUGAAGCUGACCAGUCUUACCAUUGAUACGAUCCGCGAGCUUCCCUCGUUGACUGCAUUGCCUAAUCUAGAGGUUCUCAGCUUGACAGACUCAGUGCCUGCCGUGUGGGACGAAUCAUUUUAUACAAAUCUCGGCCUAGUUGCUGACUGGAUCCGAACUUGCACAAGGUUAAAACGCCUAGAAGUCAGGAAAUUCAUGCACGACGCCGAAUUACUAAGUCAAGUGAUGAUGAGCGAUGAUAUCCACCUGACCAGCCUCUCCUUCGCCGGCUUCAAGCUAACCCGCAGCGGUGGCUUUCUUCCUGCCCUUGGGUCCCACACAUCUCUACAGACCCUUUACCUCCGUGGCGAAGGAAGCGAAGACCCUCGAGACAGCAAUCUGCUCGUCGACGCAGUAGGCGUCCUCGGAAACCUUCGUGAGCUGGAGCUCAAGGAUGUAUCCGACUGGUUCACCAUGGAGCAAGUCCAGGCAGUCACCUCGUUCCUCCCGCACCUAGAAAGACUUUGGAUAAGCGGUGACGCCUUCAACGACUCCGUCUGGCCCGCGUUCGUGUGCCUCACGAAGCUCAAAAGCCUAGCCAUAUAUGCCCUCAGCAAUUUCACAGCAAACGGGGUGGUCGACUUCAUCUCGCAACUCGGACCAGGUAAUAACGGACUAAGCCUGUCCAUUCUCAACGCGAUAUCUGGCGUCAAUUUUCCAGACGAGGCGCUGGGUAUGAUUCGCGAGAUGUUGGCCGCGAACCUGGAUGGGACGUUUGAUUUUGGUCUCGCUCAAGAGGAAUUCAGCGACGCUGAUUCUGAUAGUGAAUUGUCGGAUUAG